AUGACCGAGAAAACGAUGAAUAGUCCAAUCAGUAAAUUAAUCGAAUUGGGUUUAUAUUUUAUUGGAUUGUGGCCUAAGUAUACGUACAGUAUAAUUCAUCGUAUACUUUGGAUAGUGAUAUUAGGAAUAGUUUUGAUUUUAGAAUAUAGAUACAUAUUAUUGCACAUUGCCACCGAUGAUCUGGCUGAUUUAAUGGAUUGUUUUAGUAUCACUGUAUCGAACAGUCUUCUAUUUAUCAAAUUAAUUAUACUUUGGUUUAAACAACGAACGUUCGACGAGAUCAUAGAUAUGAUGAAUGAGGAUUGGUUGGAAUGUAAUACGAUCGGUAGAAACGUUGAUCUCAUGUCGAGAAAAGUAUUCGUAGCUCAGAAAUUUUCUAAAAUAUCUACGAUCAUUUACGGAGGUGGCGUUAUAAUGUUCCUUAUCCCUGUAAUAUUCGCCGAGGAAAGGAUAUUCGUAUUGAAAAUGGAAUUUCCAUUCGACGCCACCGUCUCGCCAUUUUACGAAUUAAUCAACGUUAUCCAAUUCUUUCAAGAAGUGACCUUCGCCUCGACGUCCGGAAUGUUGAAUGGCGUGAUCAUGACGAUGAUACUUCAUACAGGCGGCCAAAUUGAAAUAAUGUGUCAGACCAUCGAAGAAUUUAUGAAUAAGAUCGACAAUGAACAUGCCUGUUAUUUGAAUAUAUUGAAAAAAUUGAUCAUUAAACACGAUAGGAUUAUAUUGUUCGCUGGUUAUAUCGAAGACUUGUUUACUUAUAUUGCUCUGUUGCAAUUUUUUUCUAACACCAUGGCUAUUUGUUUCUCGGGAUUUGUUAUUAUGACGUCGUUUGACAUGGAAGAAGGUAGUGCAAUAUUAGCAAAAACAGUUCCAUAUUAUACUGUGGUGAACGUCGAAGCUUUUAUACUUUGUUUCGCUGGAGAAUAUCUCAGUUCAAAAAGCACGAUAAUCGGUAGAAAGGCAUACGAUACUAAUUGGUACGAGUUGAAACCGAACGAAAGCAGAUAUAUAUUAUUUCUAAUACUUCGAGCACAAAAAAAAUUGACUAUAACAGUAGGCAAAUUUUUGGAUCUGUCAUUGGAAAGUUUUGCAAGUAUAUUGAAAGCUUCUGCGUCAUAUGCAUCGGUACUUCACGCAAUGUAUUAGAAAUGAAACCUUCGUUAUCAAUAAUUUUAUCUAUCAGCUGUUAUGAUUAUAUCGAAG